UGCAAUUAGAUGCAAAAGUAACUAAUAUUUUUAGACUGUUAGAAAAAUAUAUUUAUUUUUUCUGAAUGACACAACAGGUGAUUUUACUUUGUAUAUAAGAGAUGAAUUUGUGCUAUUUUGACUAUUUUCUCAUAUUUAAUCAAGCUAAAAAACUAGCACUAAUGGCGCCUUAAUGUUCAAGUUGCAGCUACAAUCUUAUUUUUUUAUGUAGUUAAAUGUAUUUUUAAUGAAGUUAAUGCAGUUUUUUUCUUUGUCUUUUUCCCAGAUAAGUAUAAUGGCAUCAUCUGACGAAGAAGGUGAGAUUUUUCCAGAUAUUCAUGUCUCGGAAUAUGACUUCGUCGAUCAAAAUGGUGCACCAAUUUCAUUUGCUGUUUUGCCUCUCCAAUGGAGUGAAAAUGAGGUCAUAGAUGACCUUAAAACCCAAGUUUUCAUACACGGAGACGCUGACAAUGGGCUUCAGAAGAUUUACAAGCAAGUUGUUGCAUGGAAAUUUGAGCUAUCCUAUGUGCUGCCUGAAAUUUUCGUGCUUUCCAAGAACAAGAGAUGGAUAACACUCCAAAAGCCUAGGAAGAGUUUCCAAAGUACGGUUAGGACAAUCCUGAUCACCAUUCAUUGGAUGCAUUUCAUGAAAAAGAACACAGAGGUAUCAGCAAAAUCUGUAUGGAACCACUUGCAAAAAGUCUUCAGCUUUUAUGAGUUUGAACCUUCCGAGGGUGACCUCUUGUGUCACAAGCUAUUAAUUGGUGAAGCUGUGAAAAGGGAUAAAAACUUGGCCAAGUCUCAGAAUGUGCUUAAUUUUUUGGAGGUGCCUCAGACAAAUAUAACUUUUCAUCAGAAUGUGCUUAAUUUUUCGCAGGUGCCUCAGACCAAUAUAACUUUUCAUCAGGAUGUCCAUACACCUAAGAAAAAUAACUUUAUAGUUGAUGGAGAUGUAGAUGAGGAUCAUGAUGAUGAUGAUGUCAUAGGUGAAGAAUUUGAUGGUGUAGGGAAGUCCAUUUUUGAUCCUGUCUGUGCAAUUUGUGAUAAUGGUGGCAAUGUUCUUUGUUGUGAAGGAAGGUGCCUGAGGUCAUUUCACCCAACAAAAGCUGAUGGGAUUGAUUCUUUCUGUGACUCUCUUGGCUUUGUCAAUAAUGCUCAAGUUGAUGCUGUUCUGUCCUUCUUGUGCAAAAAUUGUCUAUAUAAGCAGCAUCAGUGUUAUGCUUGUGGUGAACUAGGCUCCUCCAACAAUUCUUCUGGUCAAGAGGUUUUUGCAUGUAUAUCUGCAACCUGUGGGCAUUUUUAUCAUCCAAAAUGUGUUGCAAAAUUGCUGCAUGCUGACAAUGAAGCUGAAGCAGAAACACUUAAAGAGAAAAUUGCUUCAGGGCAUGCAUUUACCUGUCCUAUCCAUAAAUGCUUUGCUUGUAAGCAAAGUGAAGAUGUAGAGGUUCAUGAUUUGCAGUUUGCUGUAUGUAGGCGUUGCCCUAAGGUGUACCACAGGAAAUGUUUACCCAAGAAUAUUUGCUUUGAAUAUAACAUGUGUAAAAAUAUUUUGCCAAGGGCGUGGGAUGGUCUCUUGCCAUACAACAGGAUUCUAAUAUACUGCAUGGAGCAUAAGAUCAUCAGAGAGCUUGGGACUCCAAGCAGAGACCACUUGGUAUUUCCUGAUGUUAAAGUCAAAGAAAAGAAACACAACCUGGCGCUGCUAUCUUAUAGAGGAAAGAAUUUGGCCUCAAAGAGAAGUGAGGUUUAUGAAGAUUUUGCAACAAGUAGAAAUCUUUUGAAGAAGCCAAAGCUGGUUCCAAAGGCCUAUGGUGUUAUUCAAGCUGGUGUUUCUAGUAAAAGAACUGAGAAACAUCAUUCCGGACAAGAAUUUUCUUCUUUGAACAAACCAAAUACAUGUAUCACUGGUAGAAAGUUCUUGAAGCAGGAUUCCAGCUCUGACUUUGAUAGGUCUCUUGCAAGAGAGAAAGACAAGCUAUCCUGUCCAAAAGGUAACUUGAAGGUGAAGUUGCAAUUCCAUGCAAGUAUGUCCAAGCAGGCAAAUGAAACUGGCUGUAAAAUCAAGAAUACCAAUCAAAAUAUGCCUGUGAUGAAGAAAGCGGAAAGCACAAGGCCUUUAAUUGAUGCAGAAAUAGAGGAUGGAAUUUUGGCUCUAAUGAAAGAUGCUGAUUCUUCAUUUAAUGCUGAAGAAUUCAUGAAAAGACAUCAGCAAUUUUCCACUGCAGAUGCAGGUGGCUUUAGGAAUGUAGUGGACAAGACCAUUACAUGGGGUAGGGUGGAAGCCUCAGUGAGGGCUGUUAGAACUGCCUUACAGAAGUUAGAAGCAGGGGAUUCUCUUGAGGAUGCAAAAACUGUUUGCGGUCCUGAGGUUCUCAAGCAGAUAUUCAAGUGGAAGGAGAAUCUUGCUGUCUAUCUUGGACCUUUUCUCCAUGGAAUGCGGUAUACAUCUUUUGGUCGCCAUUUCACAAAAGUGGAGAAGCUUAAAGAGGUAGUUGGUAGGCUCCAUUGGUAUGUGCAAGAUGGUGACACUAUAGUGGACUUCUGCUGUGGUUCCAAUGAUUUCAGUUGUUUAUUAAGAGAGAAGCUAGAGAAAGUGGGGAAGUCAUGCUCAUUCAAAAAUUAUGAUCUUUUUCAGCCUAAGAAUGAUUUUAAUUUUGAAAAGAGAGAUUGGAUGAGCGUUAACUUGGACGAAUUACCUGAUGGUUCUAAACUGAUUAUGGGGCUUAACCCUCCUUUUGGGGUCAAAGCAUCUCGUGCUAACAAGUUCAUUAACAAGGCUCUUAAGUUCAAACCAAAGCUUAUUAUUCUUAUUGUUCCGAAGGAAACCAGAAGACUUGAUGAAACAGAAGCAUAUGAUUUGAUUUGGGAGGAUGACAGAGUUCUAUCUGGCAAGUCAUUUUACCUGCCAGGGUCAGUUGACGUACAUGACAGGCAGUUGGAGCAAUGGAAUGUGAAGGCACCACCGCUUUAUCUUUGGAGUCGCAAUGAUUGGACGGGCUGGCACAGGGCAAUAGCACAAGAGCAUGGUCAUGCGUAUGCAUAUAAAUAUAAUGGGGAAGAAGAGAUGGUAGGAAAUGAAGAAGAAGAUGGAUAUAAUUAUCUUAUGGAGGAGACACAUGAUUGCUAUGGUGACUUCUCCAAAGACGUUAACGCGUGUGGAGGUAUUUCUAGCAUAUUUGACGGUGUUCCUGAAGUGAAGGAUGGAUUUGAAUCUGAAGGAAGUAUCCAUGGAAAGCACAUGGAAGGCCACUUUCCUGUUUAAUAUUUUCGCUGUACAAACAACAUAUCAAAUGGUUUAAAUGUAACACUACGCUGUAAAGAGUAAUGCAUAUUGUUAUCUAUUUAAAGUAUUUUAAAACUUGGAACAAAAUGGCUUUUGUUUCAGGAAGUCAAAAAGCGAGAAUGAAUCAUGAAAUGGUGAAAAACUCUACUGAGUUUUGCUC